GCAGAGCCGAGCGAGCCAUGGCGUCGAUUGAUGAGCCGCUGGAUCUGAUCAAGCUGAGCGUGGCCGAGCGCAUCUACGUCAAGUGCCGCGGCGACCGCGAGCUGCGCGGCGUGCUGCAAGCCUACGACCAGCACCUGAACAUGGUGCUGAGCGACGUGGAGGAGACCAUCACGGUGCAGGAGCUGGACCCGGAGACGUACGAGGAGCUCAUCAAGCAGUCCAAGCGCACCAUCGAGAUGCUCUUCGUGCGCGGAGACGUCGUCAUCCUCGUGGCGCCGCCGCUGCGCACGGCCUAGACGCCCUGAUCGCAGGAUCCAGACCCCGCCAGACCCGACUUCACCUUGUUUAAGCUGCUAGGCACUUUUCCUUCCUCUUUGCUUUAUUUUUCUUUCAUUUUAUUUUCCAUGGCAUUUCUUGUGUUGAGGUGAGGGUCUGUUACAGUACACUUGACGAUGCUAUGCUAUGAGAGAACACGUGAGCUAGGGACUGUCGACGUGAAGGCUCCAGUGGGUCUCCAGCCGCCGCUCGAAGUCGCGGAUGGAGGCCUCGACGUCGUCCAUGGCGUCGGUAGGGCGAAGUGAGCUGCGCUGUCGUUGAGAGGCGGACGGGGUGUACGAGU